CUGUACGCUGCGCCGCCCGCUGCUGCUGCUGGGGAUCGGAAGCUGCUGCUGCCGCCGCCGGGAACAUGGCGGAGGGCUGUGCCUGGCUGCUAGUGCUGAGCACGGUCUUUCUCUGCAAUCUCUUUAAAAUCCAGCUCCCUUCCUUAUCCUCAAUAGUGUCCAGGUUACUGCAGACGGAUGUAGAGCAGGAGCAGCAGAUGAGAGCUGAUAUCCAAAUUAUGAGACAAGAACUCUCAAAUAUCAGUAUGAUGGAUGAGUUUGCCAGAUAUGCCAGAUUGGAACGUAAAAUCAACAAGAUGACUGACAAACUUAAAACCCAUGUAAAAACCAGGACAGCUCAGCUAGCAAAAAUCAAGUGGGUUGUCAGCAUUGUAUUUUACGUCUUACAGGCUGCCUUGAUGAUCUCCCUUAUAUGGAAAUAUUACGCAGAGCCAGUUAUCGAGCUGCCUAGUAAAUGGAUUGCACCACUGGAACGCCUUGUGGCAUUUCCCACCGGGAUUGCAGGUGGGGUAGGAAUUACCUGCUGGCUCGUGGUCUGCAACAAAGUUGUAGCCAUUUUGUUGUACCCUAUAAGCUGAAAAGAACAAAGUAUCGACAAGGCAGUAUUCCUACAUGCUGCAGCCCGUAUUAAUUAAUGUGCGUAAUAUAUUGUUUACAUGCCUCCGAACCCUAGGAUAUAUUUAUUCAUUUCUGUGUGUAAAUCAUGUCAGAACAUCUAAUCAAGUCAUUAUACUUUUUGUUGUUAGCUUGAAAUAUUUUCUUUUCCCAUCUGAAAUAAAGCAGUGUAUGGCGUUCCA